UGCUGCAAGGCUGAGGAGGCUGCUGGCGCAUGCGCAGUGUGUCUCGGCCGGCCGGCGCGCUGGGCUGGGAAGUCCGGCCUGAGAGCGAGACGGAGCCUCGCCCGCCGCGGCGUCCGCGGAGUCCCGGAAGCGUCCCCGCGCCGCCGGCUGCUGCGGGCUCCAUCAGUUUCCCAUCUCUGCACCAUGACAGAGGUUUGGGCUCUUCUCUUCCCUUCUCCCUGUAGUUGAUAGUUUUGGAAUCGGAGGUGAUGCUGGAGUAGAGAUGGCAGACAGUGUGAAAACCUUCCUUCAUGAUCUCGUCAGGGGAAUUAAGGACUCCAUCUGGGGGAUCUGCACAAUCUCCAAGCUGGAUGCCCGGAUCCAACAGAAGAGAGAAGAGCAGAGAAAAAGGAGAGCAAGCAGCGUGCUCGCCCAGCGGAGAGCUCAGAGUGAGGAGAGGAAGCUGGAGAAUGAACCUCGGAUUGUAAGCCGGAUUUUUCAAUGUUGUGCAUGGAAUGGAGGCGUAUUCUGGCUUAGUCUCCUCUUGUUUUACCGAGUAUUUAUACCUGUACUUCAGUCAGUCACAGCACAGAUAAUUGGUGACCCCUCACUACACGGUGAUGUCUGGUCUUGGCUGGAAUUUAUCCUCACCUCUAUUUUUGGUGCCCUUUGGGUCCUUCCCCUGUUUGUGCUCAGUAAAGUCGUCAAUGCCAUCUGGUUUCAGGACAUCGCAGAUUUGGCAUUUGAGGUUUCCGGAAGAAAGCCCCAGCCCUUUUCCAGUGUCAGUAAAAUCAUUGCUGACAUGCUAUUUAACCUCUUACUGCAAGCACUGUUCCUCAUCCAGGGGAUGAUUGUGAGCCUCUUCCCAAUUGAUAUCAUUGGCCAGCUGGUUAGUCUCCUGCACAUGUCGCUGCUCUACUCCCUGUACUGCUUUGAGUAUCGCUGGUUUAAUAAAGGCAUUGAAAUGCAUCAACGGUUAUCCAACAUUGAGAGGAACUGGCCCUAUUACUUUGGAUUUGGUUUACCGCUGGCUUUUCUCACUGCAAUGCAGUCGUCUUACAUCAUCAGUGGCUGCCUGUUCUCCAUUCUUUUCCCUCUAUUUAUCAUCAGCGCCAAUGAAGCAAAGACACCUGGGAAAGCAUACCAUUUCCAGCUGCGUCUCUUCUCCUUGGUGGUUUUCCUCAGCAACAGACUCUUCCACAAGACAGUUUACCUUCAGUCCACCCUGAGCAGCUCCUCCUCAGUAGAUAGACUGCCCUCUCCUCACUCAUCCCCUGCCAAACAGAAGGCUGCUUUGAGGCACUGAACCACAACCAAAGGGGUGUGUGUGUGUGUCAUCCUUGGCUGCUACAUGUGCCCCUGUGACCUAGGGAAGGGCAGGACCCAUUCUGCCAAGGGGCUUGUGCAUUUCCUCACUAAUCACCAUUGUAAGCGCCACUUGGACAUUGGUUUUGUGUCACAUUGAGAGCGUGGAUGGAAAUCUCUGGAAAAGUCUGGAUUUUUAACACCUUCGUGAGUUUUAAAACGCCGGGUCUCUGUGCUUGUUUUAUAGAGUGUAACAGACCUGUGCCUGUACUGUUUUGUAUACUCUUUUCCUGUGCCAUUUCCCUCGAUACCCCAGGAAAAAUGGUUUUGUAAUCCACGUUUUGCUGUAGCUUUUUGGAGCUGAUGGGAGUCUCUAAAGUAGAUUGCGCCACAACUGUUGGAUUCCUCAGUGAUUAUAGUUCUUUGUAUAUUGUAUCUCAGGUCAGGUUUUUGUAAUUCCUGCUGUACUGAAAAGCAGAAUUGGAAGACAAACUGGAUCAUGCUGAUCUAGGGGCAAGAUCAAUUUAUAUAGAGAGGGGACUCUCCCAGCCCACUAUCCAAUGAGCUUCAGUCAAGCUCUUUCUGUCAACUGGCAAACUUUGGGUCUUUCCUCAAUACAAGACCUGGACAAGUGCCACCUUUCUGUAUCCAGUAUAUAUACUGGAGAGCAUCGACUUUCAUCAGGAUGAAGCAAAUUCCUAACCUAAACAGCAGAAUGUGGUGGGGGUUUUUUAAAUACUGUUUGGAGCUGGGGAAAGCUCCUGAAAUUUCAAAGGGAAAUUGUAUAAACAAGGUCAGGAACUGAAAUGGAAACUUAUUGAAACACUUUAACUCUGUAGUUGGGUUGUGAGGUUUUUUAAUGUAUCUUUUUGUCUCAGCAAUCAGAUGCUUUUGAAAAUUAGUGUCUGCCAGUUUUCCGUGGAGACACCAUGCAUACUGGCGGUAUUUAAUAAAUAAUUCAAAAUUA